AAAAAAAAACAUGUUUCCAAUUUCAACUCCUCGGGAGAAAACAUUUUGCUCGAGAGAAGCGGCGAAUAUCGUGGAACGAUCGACGAACAACGCUUGGCUGAGAGUAAAAUCGGAGACUCCCCCAAGUCUCUUCUAAUUUUAUAUUCAUCGAUGGGUGGUGGUGGCAAUCUCGUCGACGGUGUUCGUCGAUGGCUUUUUUUCCAGCGUCGUCCUUCUUCUUCUUCCAAUAAUCACAAUCCCCCUACGUUUUCCGAUCCCGACACGUUAGCCGGCGAGGGUAACGACGGCGAUUUGAAGGAGGUUACUCCUAUGGUAGAUUUCGAUCCGUCGAGGCUAAAACAAAUUAAGGUUUCACAACGAAAUCACUUACCUAUGGAUGCUCACAAGAAGGUUAUACCUAAUGCUGAGUUCUUCACCGAGUAUGGAGAGGCAAACAGGUAUGAGAUUCAAGAAGUAGUUGGCAAAGGAAGCUAUGGAGUUGUGGGUUCUGCUAUAGACACACACACAGGAGAGAGAGUCGCGAUCAAGAAGAUAAACGAUGUGUUUGACCACAUCUCUGACGCAACCAGGAUCCUGAGGGAGAUCAAGUUGCUGCGGCUGCUUCUUCACCCUGACGUUGUGGAGAUCAAACACAUCAUGCUCCCUCCUUCUCGAAGAGAGUUUCGGGAUGUUUACGUCGUGUUCGAGUUGAUGGAAUCUGAUCUUCACCAGGUGAUCAAAGCGAACGAUGAUCUAACUCCUGAGCAUCAUCAGUUCUUCUUGUACCAGCUUCUCCGUGGUUUGAAGUAUGUCCAUGCUGCGAAUGUGUUUCAUCGGGAUUUGAAACCGAAGAACAUUCUUGCUAAUGCUGAUUGCAAGUUAAAGAUCUGCGAUUUUGGGUUGGCUCGUGUAUCCUUUGAUGAUGCCCCGUCAGCUAUUUUCUGGACUGACUAUGUUGCUACUCGGUGGUAUCGUGCUCCUGAACUCUGUGGAUCUUUUUUCUCCAAAUAUACCCCUGCGAUUGAUAUUUGGAGCGUAGGUUGCAUAUUUGCCGAAAUGAUUUUAGGGAAACCUUUGUUCCCUGGAAAAAAUGUUGUUCACCAACUGGAUCUUAUGACCGACUUUCUUGGCACCCCACCUCCAGAAGCAAUAUCAAAGAUCAGAAAUGAUAAGGCGAGGAGAUAUCUUGCCAACAUGAGGAAAAAACAGGCAGUCCCAUUCUCUAAAAAAUUCCCUAAAGCUGAUCCUUCGGCCCUUCGCCUGUUGCAACGCCUGAUUGCCUUUGAUCCAAAAGAUCGACCAUCCGCUGAAGAAGCACUAGCGGAUCCGUACUUCAGUGGUCUGUCAAGUUCGGAGCGGGAACCAUCGACACAGCCGAUUUCAAAGCUUGAAUUUGAGUUUGAGAGAAAGAAGUUAACAAAGGAUGAUAUCAGAGAGUUAAUAUACCGAGAGAUACUGGAAUAUCAUCCUCAGAUGCUGGAGGAAUACCUUCGUGGUGGCAAUGAGCUCAGCUUUAUGUACCCCAGUGGCGUAGAUAGAUUUAAGAGGCAGUUUGCUCAUCUUGAAGAAAACCCAGGUCAGGGAGGAAGAAGUCACGCACUUCAAAGACAGCAUGCUUCUUUGCCAAGAGAGCGAGUUCCUGCAUCCAAGAAUGAGACAGCCGAAGAAAGCAGCAAUGAUAUUGAGAGCAGAAUAUCAGCUGUUGUAGCUUCAACAUUAGACAGUCCCAAAGCUUCACAACAACCUGAAGGUACCGACAAUGGAGGAGGGUACAGUGCACGCAACCUUAUGAAAAGCGCUAGCAUCAGUGGUUCUAAAUGUAUAGGUGUCCAAUCGAAAACCAACAUUGAGGACGCCAUAGCAGAGGAACAAGAUGAGACUGUGGCUGAGAAAGUCGCAUCUCAACACAAUACU